ACUGUAUUGCGGUAUGGCUGACUGUAUAGCAGUGUGGCUGACUGUAUAGCAGUGUGGCUGACUGUAUAGCAGUGUGGCUGACUGUAUAGCAGUGUGGCUGACUGUAUAGCAGUGUGGCUGACUGUAUAGCGGUGUGGCUGACUGUAUAGCGGUGUGGCUGACUGUAUAGCAGUGUGGCUGACUGUAUAGCAGUGUGGCUGACUGUAUAGCAGUGUGGCUGACUAUAUUGCGGUAUGGCUGACUGUAUAGCAGUGUGGCUGACUGUAUAACAGUGUGGCUGACUGUAUAACAGUGUGGCUGACUGUAUAGCAGUGUGGCUGACUGUAUAGCAGUAUGUGUGUGUGACGGUCUGUGUGUGUCCCUCUCAUCUCCCUCUUUCAGCCUUAUGUCGGGCCCUACUGCCUCCUGCGUUAUGACCAGCAGCAGCAGCGUCAGAUCUACCCCCUGCUCAACCCCUUGCACCCCGCGCCGCCUCAGCCUGGCAGCCGAGUCCUUCACCAACCUGAGAGACUCCACCAAGACCAUGAGCACUAGUGGAGGUCUGGUGCGGCUCCUCCAGGAGCGAGGCAUCUCUGCAGCAGUCUACAACCCUCAGAGCUGGGACCGGGCAGACUGUUGCACCUCCACCCCCACUGGGGGGGUACCAUCGCUUCUACCGCCGCGGCCCCCCGACACCCUACCCUCCACGCCGCCCAACUCCCCAACCCACCGCUCUCUCUGUGCCAAACCCAGCAGCCCCGUGGGGCCCUUCGAACUCAGUCCCAGCGCCCCGCCCUAUGACAACUUCCUGGCGUCAAAGCCGGCCAGCUCCAUCCUGAAGGAGGUGAGGGCAGAGGCCCAGAGCAGUGAGUCAGCAGACAGCGAGUGUCAGACUGACGUCAGCGUCCACAAUCUGAAACUGGUGGACAAGCUGAAGCGCUUCAGCGUGGCUGGGGCCGGCCCCUCUUUAUCAGGGGCCACGGGGCCCACUAUGCUGGGGCCCCUCAGCGGCCUCCACCGCCCUUCCCACUUCUGCCCUUCUGUGGUGACCAGUCCCAUAGGGGGCCUCGGCCCCGCUCUGAACGCAGGCAUCCGCCGUAACCGCAGCUACCCGGCCAUGGUAGGGGCCGGCAUGGCUAUGAAGGGCCCGGGGCCCCAAAGCCCCACAGACAUGCUCCUGGCUUCUUCCUCCAAGCUCCCCAGACAGACUAGUCUCAAUGAUGGAUCGGUAGGCUGAAGCAGAUGUACUGUAGCACCUGUUAUCUGUUUAGGAAACGGAGCGCUUCCAAGCCCAGGUAAACUCAUAUUAAACAUCUAUUUAUUUUAUUCCCACGUCUAAACGUGUACAUGUAGAGAUAAAGCACUGUUUCUUCCUGUUAAUUAGCUAAUGAGUGGCAAGCAGUACCAACAAACGCACCUUAAGUGGUAUUUAAGGGUGUUCAGUGACAUCAUAACAAUAUGCACAUAACUAAGACCUUUAUUGAGGAAAUGAAAUGUUGGAGGUACAGUAUUCAUACUACUAGCUAGCACAAUACUGGGCAACAACACAUGUUAUUCACCUCAAAGUUGAUCCAAAUAAAGAGUGGGAAGGAGCCACACUUGAAGCUAAGAGGGAUGCAUGGAUGUUUGCCGUGAAUGAAUAGGCUAUGGUUUGAACUUGGAUACAUUGUAACAGACCAACAUGAUUUAUAGACAUUUGUGUGCAGUGUGAGUAUGUGAGCAUGUGUGUGUGUAUAAAGUUGUUGAAAGAUUUACCUAUAGGCUUAGAUAGUCUAAGAAAGGCUUGAGUCAUUUGGUUAAGGUGAUAAUCAGAUAUACAGGUCAUUUCAACCAGAGCCCACUAACUGCUGUCUCCCAAUACAAAAGGUGUGUAGAAGAGUUCUCUGGGAGGGACGCGGUUGACUUUUAUGAGAGAAACAUUAUACAAGUUAGAUUUUUCUUCUGACUUUCAUCUUUCUGGUAACAAGCUUUGGUGACUGAACUGUUAGCUUUAAACUAAAGCCACUGUACUGUAAAUGAAGUUGUGGAACGGAGAGAUGGGGAGAAUACGUCCUAGUGCCUCAUACUUUACAUAGUUCCGUUGUUGGACUGACUGAUCUGUCUGGUUCCUCCCUGGUAUGAGCAGACAACUGCUUUGUGUUCUGAGGUUAUCCUCCUCGUACUGAGUUUUAACUUGAACUGCAGAGAAGAUGAGCUCUCAAAUGUCAAAUUACAUCUUGGAUAGAUGCAGUAUAUGUGUUGAAAUAAAGAAGAAACGCAUAUUAUUUAUCAUUAACUUCUGACAAAAGUAGAGAUUCGACCUUGCUGACAUUGUGUGUAACUUGAAUAGCCUUUGAAUGUAUUGAUUAACAGCAGAAAAUAUUAUGUCCAUAUGUGUUUGUUGAUUUAAAUGAUGGUUUUACUGCAUUUCAACCACAAAGGGAAUUAUUAUUAUACUACUUGUACAUUGUAAAUGGUAUGUAUGCAAUGAAUUUAGCCAUGUUAACUAUUUUUUAAUAAACUAGAAUAUAUAUAUAUAAGGGACAAAAAUGUUGUUCAGGCCAUGAAGUGGUCAGAACACUGGUUUAAAAACAAGGGUUUUGUGUUCCGGAAUUUCAAGAGCACCAAUUUGCAAAAAAAGGCUAUUAUCAAUAAAACAAUUGAUAUGA